CGGUGGUUUGUCCAGCUGCUGAGCAGGUAGUACGUGUGCGUCGUGCGGCUGCGCAUUUCGUAUUUUCAAGCCGCAUUUCGCGUGUCACGUGGUUGAUGUUAUCCCGCGGAUUUUGACUCCUAAAAUAUUUAAAACUCUUCUCCAAAAAUCCUUCCACUGUAUUUAAUGGUGGAAAAGUGUUUUUCCACUAGUGUACAAAGUAAUGCUAAUAAAAUGUGCGAUUUCACUGGAACUAAGGGAAUUUGAUCAACUUCCCCAAAGGUUAUUGUUUUUAGAAAUUGAAUAGUUCAAGCAGAGUUAAAAUUGCUUUGCUUUGAUUAAGAGAUAUUUUACUUCGGAUAAGAAAAAUCAGUUUGCUAUUACUUUUUUGUAGGGGUUGAUGUCAUGUAACGAAACUAAGUGUUUAUAGUAGGAAACCUAUAAUACAGACACAACAAAAGCUGAUAAGAACAAGUGAAAGUGAUUUCUGAAUUAAUAUAUCAAUCCCCUCGAGUGAUUUAUAGAAUGGGAAAGAAUUGUUUCUCUGAGUGAUCUUUAAAUUUCCCUUAAGAGGUGUUUUGCAAAGUGAGUGAAAUACGUGUUUUUGCAGAAAGGGAUACAUUUAUUGUCAGAAUCAAAGGAAGCUUGUCAAUCUCGGUUGAUUGAAAAGGCGAAAUUUGAAGAUUGGUUAACAGUGCAGAUACGAAAUCGGUGACCGGCAAGUGUUAUGACCGGUGCAUUUUCUGAUAAGGAGACGAAGAGGGUGGAUAACGAUGCAGAGUGGUUGCUGUUGACGCUUGAUUGGCAGGAAAAAUUGGAGGAGGAAAAGGGAAGGAAAUUUGGGGCACAGGCCCUCCGGGAGGGCCGAGUGCUGGUGGUUGGUGCCGGUAACGUCGGCACCACCGGCGCGAAAAUAAUGCCUCGCGGUUUACCAACUAAACGAGGCCUUCAGGCACUGGCCCUCGUCAUCGCCACUACGUAUGCCACCAUCCUCCUUUACCAAGCUGUUGCACCGCGCCAGUGGGCUGAUGAUGGUUUGGAAGAAAUUAACAAUAGCUUGGCUAUUGAUGUGCCAAUUUCGAAAGCUGCUGGUGAAGACGCUGCAGUGACACCGCCAGGGGCAACAGCAACAAUGGCACCAUUUUCCACUGAUCUCGACGACGUCUUUAUCAGCGUGAAGACCACCCGUCACUAUCAUCAUUCUCGUUUGCCAGCAAUCAUCGGCACGUGGUUCCAAUUCGCUAAGGAUCAGACGUGGUUCUUCACAGAUAGGGACGAUCAGUACUUUCAAAACCAAACAAACGGCCAUAUGAUCAAUACCAAGUGUUCGUCGUCACACAACAGGAGGGCCUUGUGCUGCAAGAUGUCUGUGGAGUUCGACAGGUUUUUGGAUAGCGGCAGAAAAUGGUUCUGUCAUUUUGACGAUGACAAUUACGUGAAUGUGCCGCGGUUGCUGAAGCUCCUUGAUAACUAUAAUCCGAGGGAGGAUUGGUAUCUCGGAAGACCCUCGAUACCAGCGCCCUUGGAAAUCCAGCGCCAGGGAUCGGAAACUGUUAAGCGACCUCAGAAGGUCAAAUUCUGGUUCGCCACGGGUGGCGCUGGUUUUUGCAUCAGCAGGGCGCUCGCUCUCAAAAUGAUACCGGUGGCUGGUGGCGGUAAGUUUAUUACUGUUGGUGACAGGAUCAGACUUCCUGAUGAUGUCACGAUGGGCUACAUAAUCGAGCAUCUGCUGAAGAAGCAGCUCACCGUCGUCGAGCAAUUUCAUUCGCACCUCGAACCAAUGAAGUUCCUCAACAAAGACACUUUCCACGAGCAGGUAUCGUUUAGUUACUCCAAAGGCACUAGGGAUGAAUGGAAUGUUGUCAAAAUCGAUGGAUUUGAUGUGACAGACGACCCAAAAAGAUUUAGAUCAAUACACUGUCACCUCUUCCCGAGCGUUUCGUAUUGUCCACACAGAUGAUGAACUUACUGGUAAUUAGUUCAUGUAUUUGAAAAUACAACUUUUUUUAUAAACUAAUGAACCAUCAUGACUGAACACUAACAUCAGCAAAAGUCUGAAAUUAUCUCCAACUGCAGUCAUCGGAGCAGCAAGAAGAUAUAAGCUUAUAUGAUCCAUAAAUGUCACGUGAGUCGCUUUGUCGAUAGGUUAAACACGUAGCAGAAUCUUGUUUAAUAAACUUUGUCUAGAAGAUAAUCCAUCAAUGGUUACGAGCGUGCAUGAAAGAUUAAACAAGCUUAGGGCGGCAUUUGAAUCAAAUGCAUUUUGAAUUACGAAAGACACACUUGCAGUUUAAAAUAAUUAACAAAAACUGCAAAAACGACAUUUUUGGCACUUUUCUUCCUUACAGGUGUCAAAUUAAUGUGCUUCCUCAUAGAGAGAACAAAAUCUCACACUAUUUCAUCAAGUUGAUUUUUUUAUUUCGUACAAAAAAUCUUAUUUUAAACCAAUUUUUAAGUUACAGUAGUGAAUUAUUAAAAAUAUUAAAUAUUAAAUAAAUGUCCAUUAUACAAAAAAGUACAUUUUUGUUGUUAAAUUUAAAAAAUUUCUAUUGAUAGGUCAUGGAAGGUUAUAAAAGGUUCCAGAAUAGAUCCAUGAAUGUGUCUCAAAUACGAGAACAAAUACAUCAGAUAUAUUAUUGUUGUAUUUCAAUAUUAAGAAAGUUUUUUUCUUAUAAACCAGGUAAACAAUUUGUUUUGAAACUUCCAAACGCAAAGAAGCUACUAAUGUUUGACCGAUCUAGUUCAAAACAUUAACAGACCUUGAAAUCAAUCAUUGAAGUUACAAUUCGUUCAAAUAGAAAGUACUUUUAUUUUUCGCGAUUUGAUAAACAGAAAAAAUGUAUAGACAAAUUUUUUCAAAUUGCAUUUUUGUUUCCCUGGGAUCGAAUCAUAUUAAAGUAUGUCAAAAAAAUACAUUUGAAAAUUUACAUAAUUACAGACCUCCCUUUAUAAAGAAGCAAUGUGAGGAAGAAAAAUCAUAUUAUUGUUAUUGAAAUUAGGAGAAAAUUCGAAAUUUAUUUUACUUUAUUUUAAAUUAAGUAAAGAAUUUAAUUUAGGUAUACAAAAAACCUACGUAUACAAUAUUUACGCAAGUACUUUAAAAGUCAAAAUCCGAGUUUCUGCUGUGAAACUUUCCAAAUUCGGCAUGAUUUUGAAAGGAUUAUAAAAACUAGUUUUAAGAAAUAUCAAAGCUUUCUGUAAAAUAGUGUACAUAUGCAUAUUGACAUAUUAUAAACGAUCGACAUAUUCUACUUUGGUUAAAAAUACUGAUAAAGAAUAUAUGCAUUUAUAUUUGAAACUAAUGAAUUAUUUUGGAAUAAUUCUUUUAAACAAAGAUGAAGAAGUCGGUCGUACAUCGUAAAUUAUUUUUGGCUUAAAGUUUCAAUUAAAUAUUUUGUAGAUUAUUUAAAUUGGGAUGUGGAAUGACACAUAUUUUUAAAUUUUCAGUUUGUUGGAACUUUGAGCCCAUUGAUGGGUAUCGCGAACCCUUUCAAGUCUGUGACAUUAAAAAAUAUUUAUCGAAAGCUAGCGUGACUAUUUGUUGAAAAUAAUUACAAAGAUUAUUUAUAAUUCAGGUUUUCAACAAAAACGAAGUCAUUCGUAGUGUUUCACGUCAAAUUAUAAAGCAAUUUGUGAAAAUUAAUUUGAAAUUGAACAAUAUUUAUUUUGAAUUAAAUGAAAUUGGUAUUUAAUAUAUAUCAGCAAUUAGUUGAGUUUACAGCAUUAUUUCAAUAAUGUUUAAAAUGACAAGUAGUAUAGUAAACAAGAUUACGUAUUUAAUUUUAGGGAAUAUUUACGCGUACCGAAAAAUGCGGUUGUUUGUAUCAGAAUUUCGGCGACAAAAGACUCUUUCCCAAGUCACGCUAUUUUGUACCGAAAUUUCGGUACAACCAGCUACACCCUUCAUUGGAUAUUAAUAUUUAUUUUGUUCUUCUAUGGGUCCAAAGCCUUUGUAAUCUCGUUUGUAGCGAUUUGCAAGGCAAAUUACUUUUUUCUUCUUUUCAUGAAAUCAAAUUAAAAAUUCUAUCGAAAGAAAUAUUUAUUUAAUUAUUUGUGUUAGAAGUGAAUGUGAUACAAGUAGUUUUUGUAUACAUUUUGUUUGAUUUAUACAUACGAAAGACUUCGUUAUCACCACAGCGCCACAGCUAUUGUGGUCGAAAGACAUUAGAUAUCGCUUAAGUAUAUUGAUCAUAAAAAACGAUAUUGUUAUUUAUAUAAUUCGCAAGAAAAAUGAUUAGCACUUGGAGUAAUAAAAUGACUUUAAGCUAGUCCCUCGUAGCAAAGCAGACAGCUGUACAAUGUGAUAUUGUAAUAUGUAUGCGUGUGCAUGAAUGAGAGCGAUCAUAUUUUUCCUUUUUGUUACCUCAUUUUAUGUUUAUUUUUUAAUCUUGUUUUUUUUUCUUUUUUGAGAGAGAUCGCUUGGAUUGCGAGUGUAUAUUUUCGACGUGUCCCAGUGUGCAAUACUGAAAAAAAGAAAAUUGGGCGACGUCUUUUUUGGAAUUCCAAUUGAAUCUCUUUCAAUCAAAAACUCAAUUCGAAUGGCUUAGAAUUCAAGGAAUGAGAGUUUUUAUCAGUAGCUGUGUGAACGAAAUAGUGACGCGUCUAACGCGCUCUUGGAAAGAGAAAAUGGAAAGAGAUUUGGUUAUUAUAUAUUGCUCAAAGCACGGGAUCUACGAAUAUAUUGUUUCGACGUUGUAUAAAUACUGUUUUAUAUGAUAAUACACUUCUAUAAAUUAUCAUCA